AUGACGGCUAUUGUUAUUAAGGAACCGAAUCUAAAGAAAAUGAUGGCAGAGCAGCAGCAGAUCUUAUCAACGCUGCCAACACCACCAAGCCCAAGAGAGAUUUACUUAUCCGCACCGGUUCCUCCACUCACCAGUGUGUACCACUCGCGUGGCCCCGUCGAGGCGAUUGAAGAUAUCAAACCCCAACAAGAAAAGAGUUGUGUUGGUAAGAGUACGAUGAAAAGUGGGGAAUCCCCGCUGCUCUCGGAGUUAUUAAGUGAACCAUCGCGGUUGAAUCUCGAAGUGGAGAAGACACUCUCGCUGGCCUGCGAGGUGUUAACACAUGCACGCACUCACGCAGCUCCACUGAGUGGUGAUGCGAGAGAUACAUUGGCAAGAAUUGCGGAAUUGAGCACAUGCUAUCCUGCCCUACCACCACCACCAACAACAACUGCAUAA